AUGGCGGCCGCAGGGCGAUGGCAGCGCGAGUACGAGCGCGACUGGCGCCACUACGCGCGUCAAGUGAUCGCUAACCGCUUCGGCAAAUACGCACUGCAAUGUUCUCCAGCCGUGACGCAGGAGGACGAGCGUCAGCUUCGAGAAGUGCUGGCGUCGGUGGGUAUCAAGCACGCUCCGCCCAACCAUAGUCGAUGGCAGGCGCCUAUCCCCGCGUCACAAACGCUUUCAGCGCCGCAGGACUCGAUUAUGUCGGAAGGAUCAUACGUCUACAGCACCCCGCCGUCGCCAGACAGUCAGAGCAUGUUCCCGGCGUUCAGUUCGCAAGAUUUCGCGUCCCAGUCGACCCCUCAACGCCGCGUGAGUGCCUCGCAGCGAUUGCAAUUGCGAAUGGGCGAUGUAUCGCCUAUUGCAGACAAUAGACGCACUUCGAUUGAGUGUGCAGGCACAAUUUCGCCGUCUUUAGGAGCUGCAAAGUCACCCUGGACACCCGGUCAAUGGUCUCCGAAACCUGCUAGAAAGACGCGACGAACCCCUCGUCGGUCACUGGAACCGAGUUUCAGAGAAGAUCUGGAUGUGUCGAUGCAGUCGAUGUAUUUGAGCGACGACGAGAAUGAAAGGACUCACAUGGAUGAAGAGGUGGAGGUGGAAGACACACAGAUGAUCGAUAUGUCUGAAGCACAUGGGGAAGAGGAAAAGGCUGCGGUGGCGAAGGAAGCAGAUUGUGAAGAGGACAAAGAACAAGUGCAGAUUAUCGAGUGUGAAGAUAAAGAUGUGGAUGACAAAGCUGUAGUAAAUCUGGUAAUGGGCCAUAACGAUUCUGAAGAGCUGAACGUAUCUAAGGAACUGGUAUUUAGCAGUGAUAGUGAAGAGGAUGAUGGCAACGAGAAGGCUGGGCCUGAAGAAGAGGACGUGAUCGAGGUUGAAAAAGCGAAUGUAAAUACGCCAAUCGUUCCUGAAAGCGAUGACCAUCCUGUUCAUCAAUCGCCUCCAUCCGAAGAUACAACUAAGAGGCCGCCAUGGGCUUCAGAACCCGACUAUGAGUUUGGCAAUGGAACUGAAUACAGUAACGAGGAUCAGCAACAAGACGUAGAGAUGCUUGAGCCCGAGCAACUUGCAGUGGAAAGUGUCCCUUGCUCCCCAGUUGCAAGUCAACCUGUUGGAGAAUCUACUCAAGAAGACACCAGAAUCGCAGCAAAGACAAAAAAAGCUUCAGCGAAAUCACACAAACCGUCAACUCCCACUUCUGUCAAACGCAAGCGCGUAGUAAAGCAACAUAACCCUGCGACUACAAAACGUUCAACCUUCGCUUCACCCACAGCGUCCUCAGCUCGAAGAACAUCGUACGCGACCCCCACAGCUUCGUCAGCAAGAAAAACCUCUUAUGCAACACCCAUAGCCUCGUCAACGAGGAAGCGAACGUAUGCUACCCCUACAGCUUCUUCGGCAAGACGCACAACGUUUGCUUCUCCAACAGCUUCGUCAGCAAGGAAAGCGCCUCAUGGUUCCCCUACACCUUCGACGAAGAGAGCUGUCCAAACUCCUCCAACUGCUCCACCGGCUUCUAGAUCUGCUUUAUCGCGGAAGCGUGCAAACCGAGGCGCGCUGCUGCAUACUAAGCUACCUCUGGAAAUGGAAUAUCGCUUUGCAAGUGAUCGACGCCGACGUCACAGACGUCGAAAAUCCCUAGCAGCGAAGCCCGGAGUAUUCCCGUACGUCGUGCCAGAACUCAUGGUAGAACUGCAACCGUAUCAGAAGGAGGCGCUGCAGUGGAUGCUGGAGAGAGAGAAGGACUCUGGCGAUCCUGUUACUAUUGAUCAGCAACGCCGCGGAGAUGCAACUGCGGUUGACGCUUUGGUUGCGAAGGUAUGUGGUGGAGUACUGGCGGAUGAAAUGGGACUUGGAAAGACUGUAUGUUGCCUUGCUCUUAUAUGCGAAUCUCUUCGUCAAGCUCGAGAGGCUGAUGCUCAAGCGAGAGGCAAGACAGGCAGCACAGUGCCGCGGCUUACACCUCCGACACUUAUCGUAACGCCGCUGUCUAUCUUGUCGCAAUGGGAACAUGAGAUUCGAGCUAAAACGAACUUGAGCGUGGUGACGUAUCAAGGUACUACACGCAAGAGCUUCCGCUCUGCCACUCAGUUCAUGGGAGCAGAUAUUGUGCUCUCGACAUACGACACUCUUCGACUAUUGGAGUGCAAGGUUCGAGACAAGGACAGCGACGACGACGGCGGCCAAGAGCAUGGUGGUGAUACUGAUGGAUGGCAUCAAGCACCUCGACUGACUCCACAGUCUAAGAAGUCUGUGGUGACGUCAAAGCUGCAUCAACUGCAGUGGUUCCGAGUGAUCUUGGACGAAAGCCACCUGAUCUCGAACGCUGGAUGUGCACGAGCACGAGCUGCGUUUAUGCUUGGCAGUCGACGUCGUUGGUGUGUGACUGGAACGCCCAUCCAGAAUGGAACAGCAGACUUGGCGGCGUUGCUGCAGUUUGUAGGACUUGGCAACCGUGCUCAUGCUCUAUCUGAACGAGAACUAGGUGCACUGGUGCCUCGCGUUGUGAUGCGCCGACUGAAGUCUACACUGGACGCGCGUUCAAACGCUCCUAUCCUGGAGCUACCAGAGAAAACCGAAGAGACUAUCGAGUUGGAGUUCAAUUCAGAUGUCGAGCGAGCUCUGUACAUGCUGUUGCAUCGCUCUACUAAACGACAAGUGCUUCGGUAUUUACAGUCCAAAGAAGCCAAGCAGAAUCGGCGAGUGCCUCUUACUACUCCUACAAAAGAUGGCGAAGAACGACCACUGUUCAUGCACGUGUUUGAGCUUAUCCUACGACUGCGUCAAGUGUGUGAUGCCUGUGCUUUGGUGACUGCAGACCCGUUGGCAGAAGUACAGACACGAGCAGAUAGUGCUGACGCAUUGGUCGGCGAUGGCAGGGACGGUAUUUCUCCAUUCUCAACUGGAGAAGCUGAACUUUUGAAGAGCCUUCAAGAACAGCGAUCGGGUACUGAUACUGUACCCGGAUGUGGUCCCUUGGAAUCGACAAAGCUGACAGCAUUGAUGAAGGAACUGAAUAAGGUGCGAGCCCGUCGAGAGCGAGUGUUGGUUAUCUCACAAUGGACGAGUUUUCUGGAUAUGAUUGCAGAGCGUCUGGAGGUUCAUAAUGCUCAGUGUGAAACGCGAGCUUUGUCGUUGGAAGACGCAUCAGAGACUGGGAAUAUGGCUAUAGCAUUCGCUAAGCUGGACGGUAGGAUGCCAGCCAAAGAUCGCGAGCAGGUUGUGCGGAAUUUCCAGCAGCAGGAAGACAGUCUCGAUAGAGGACCAGUCGUUGGCCCACCGCUCGAUGUGUUGCUACUCUCUUUGCGUACUGGAGGUCUGGGAUUGAAUCUUACAGCUGCUGCACACGUCUUCAUCAUGGAGCCUAGCUGGAAUCCGAGUCUUGAGCGUCAGGCUAUCGAUCGUGCACAUCGUUUCGGUCAGACGAGGGAAGUUCGCGUCGUUCGCUUCAUCGUUAAAGGCUCAAUUGAAGAACGUGUAGUGGAAUUGCAGAACAAGAAGCGUCAGCUUACAGCGGCUUUCUUGGGCGAUGACAAUGUCCUGUCUAGUGCGAAGAAGAACCGACUGCGUGAGACUCGACUGUCGACUGGAGACCUCAAAAGACUAUUCUUCACCCAACAGGAACAAGAAGAGGAGCGUCAACGUCACCAAAAGGACCAGAAUGAGGCUCAACAUGCAGACAACAGCGACGGAAGCGUGACGUGUAUUGAGAUUAGUGAUGAAGACAGCGAGUAG